UCGUUUGUUUUUGUCUUUCGUUGUAGGUUGUAGCUUGGUUGUAGCGUAAAAUAUACUCUGAAUAGAAAGAAAGUAGUUUCGUUUCGCUCGCUUGUUUACUAGUUUGUUUUGUUUACGAAUUGUGAAACAAAUCUUUACAAGAAAUGAAAAUACCUACUGAGAUUCAUAAAUGAAAAUAGAUAUAAAUUAUCUUUGAAAAUGUCUGACAAUAAAUGCUUUCAAAUCGACCGUUGUUUGGUGCAAAAUGUCCCUCCGACUGCUUAUUAUAUACCUAAUUACAUAUCUGAGAGUGAAGAGAGUUAUAUUAUGUCUAAUAUUUACUCUGCACCAAAGCCUAAAUGGACACAGUUAUCUAACCGGCGUUUGCAAAACUGGGGAGGAAUUCCUCAUAAAAACGGCAUGAUAGCAGAGUCUAUACCACAGUGGCUGGAUGAGUACCUCGAGAGGAUUCAUAGAUUAGACGUUAUGGGCGGGAAAAGGCCGAAUCAUGUUCUUGUGAAUGAAUAUCUUCCAGGGCAGGGAAUAAUGCCACAUUUAGAUGGAACAUUGUUCUAUCCGACGAUCACAACUCUCUCUGUAGGUUCACACAUAGUCCUCAAAUUCUUAGAAACAAGUUCAGAUGAGGAUAUUAAAACUUCAAACCAUGUUUUCUCUCUGCUGUUGGAGCCAAGGAGUUUGUUGAUCCUACAAGACCAGUUGUUUAAUUACUACUUGCAUUGUAUUGAAGAAAUCACACAGGAUGUUUUGGAUGAUUCAAUAGCAAAUAUGGAAAUGUGUUGUGAUACACUUGUGAAGGGCUCUGUGGUGCCCCGAGACACCAGACUGUCUCUUACAAUCAGACAUGUGCCAAAGACCACUAGCUUUAAACUUAACUUUGGGAAUAAAAGAUGA